AUGGGCCCAUCUAAAUUGUACCCCACACUUCUCUUGUCUCUUAUUGCCUAUUCUGUUCUUGGUGAGAAUUCUACAACGACAGAGGCCGUCAGCCCCUCCACGGUCGCUUCAACAACGGUUAAUUCAACAGAAGCCGAUGGAAAUUCGACUGUCACUGCGACAAAUGUUGCGGCAACAACCACUGCAGCUGUAAACAUUACUACUUUUGAAAAACUGGACAAGGAAACUGAAUGUCUGAGUGCUUGCUUAUUGAACUUUGUCGUGCAGUCCGAGAAAAUUGUUGAGCACGACUUUGAGAGAACUUGCAGGUAGGCAUGAUAGAUAUAGAUUUAAUCCCCGGAGAAUAGUGACGUUUCAUCGCUGUAAAAUGUUUCGCCUUGUCGGAAGAAGGGAGAACAUGAAACUUCCAGCUGCGGCUAUCCAUCGCAAAGCGAUGAUGGGCGAUUUCAAAGGGCGAACAAACCGCCGCUGUUUUUCCGACAGACUGACGUUAGAGAGGGCAGCGCACGUCAAACUGUGAUAAGCUGAAACAGUCCGGUGAAGGGAUUGGCAAUUCGCUAAAAAAGACGCGAAAAAACGUGUUCUCGGGGAAGAAAUGGGGAAUUUUUGGGGCGAGAGAGCACGUUUUUGCGUGUCUUUUUUCUCUCUUUCUCUGCGAAAUCAAGACGAAGUGUAAAAAACCGAUAGCGAAGAGUCUAUUCCGGUCACCGGACUCCUCAGUUUGACGUGUAGCGUUCCGCAAAGCCCUAAGCUUUGCAUUUCUGGUCACACUCCUCUUUAGUUCCGAGAUCCUUUAUCUUCAGUCUGUCGGGAAAAUAAUGAGCACUCUGUCGCAAAAUUCGCAUCGCCGCCGAAAAAUGAAUUAUAUCGCGGCAGAACCAAUUUGCUUUUCACUUUGGCGACGCGUUCACUCUGCGACGUUAUACUCAUUAUUUUCCCGACAAACGGAUUGAAUGCCCCAAUUUAUUUUGGCAUAAUAAUUAAAGAAACUUGUACCUUAACUUUCAGAACUUACCAUCCAUCCUGUCUUCAUCACUGUGGCCGUCCCUUAUGGGAAAACGUGGCAAGAGAAGUCAGCGAUCGUUGCCGUUUCAACAGUCAUUUUGCGUUGCGAAAUUUCCGCAAGUGCUAUGACCGGCAUACCGAAGACGUUGUGCAGCGUUGCCGAGGAGACUGCGGAGUGGAGGCCAACUUGGAAAACGUUUUUGUGGGCGAUUUCUGCAGGUAAAGUUGUCGUACAACAGUUAUAGGGAGCUCGAAUUUAACGCUGAUUUCAGCAAACUUUCAUGCGUAACAGAGUGCACCCGCACAUCGCUAAAUCAGCAUUGCGAUGGAGCUGGUGACGCGUUGGAGAAGACAUUUUACUCCCCAUACGAUGCGGUAAGAUUGAAUGACCAUGUACAAGAAGCUUUGGAAAAGGCUUUACCAGAGUUGCCAAAGUCAUGUCAAGGAUUGUACGCUGGCUUGGUGAGCGGUUACUGGAUCAUUGAUGCUGAUUUUUCAGGGACGUCCUGCACGUACUCAGAUUAUUAACGACAAAGAAUGA